UCACUGCUGCUCUUUGUAGCUGGUGUGUUCAGUAUUCACCAGCUGACCAAACACACAAAGGAGGACAUUUACUGGCACCGCUGGGAUUACUGGACUACUGGAUACCUCUUCAACCUGCUGCUGAUUCCACACUAUAAACGGUGCAUAUAGAGGAGCUACGACUAAACAGUAACUAACUGUAAGUGAACUUUCUGGAUUGACUGGGUUCUGCUUUCAGUGUUCUGCCUGCUGUGUUUCCUGCUUCACUCAGCGACAAAAUGUCCUCUCAGUCAGAAAAGGAUCUGUCCUGUCCCAUCUGCCUUGACAUCUUCAAAGACCCUGUUGUUCUGUUAUGUAGCCAUAGCUUCUGUAAAGACUGUGUGCAGAGAUGGUGGAAAGGGAAACUAAUAAAGGAGUGUCCAAUUUGUAAGACAGUACCUUUACUGAGUGACCCACCUUUUAACCCGGCGUUAACAUACCUAUGUGAGUCCUUCGUACAGAGGAGAGAUCAGAGAGCUGCAGCAGGGUCUGAGCCUCUCUGCAGUCUGCACUCGGAGAAACUCAGACUCUUCUGUCUGGAUCAUCAGGAGCCGGUGUGUGUUGUCUGCAGAGAUUCAAAAACACACAGCAACCACAGAUUCAGACCCAUCAAUGAAGCAGCGCAGGAUCACAGAGAAGAGCUCCAGAAAUCUCUGGAGCCUUUACAAGAGAAACUGAAGCUCUUUGAACAAGUUAAAGGAAACUGUGAUCAAACAACAGAACACAUUAAGGUCCAGGCCCAACACACAGAGAGGGAGAUUAAGGAGCAGUUUAAGAAGCUUCACCAGUUUCUACAACAGGAAGAGGAGGCCAGGAUCACUGCUCUGAGGGAGGAAGAGGAGCAGAAGAGUCAGAUGAUGAAGGAGAAGAUUCAGGCUCUGAGCAGAGAGAUAGCAGCUCUGUCAAACACAAUCAGAGCCACAGAAAAGGAUCUGAGAGCUGAAGACGUCUCAUUCCUGCAGAACUACAAGGCUGCAGUCAAAAGAGUCCAGCAGCGCCCCCUGCCGGAUGAUCCAGAGUUGGUCUCAGGAGCUCUGAUAGAUGUGGCCAAACACCUGGGCAACCUGACCUUCAACAUCUGGAACAAGAUGAAGGAGAUGGUCUCCUACACUCCUGUGAUUCUGGAUCCAAACACUGCUCCUCCAGACCUCAUCCUGUCUGAAGAUCUGACCAGUGUGGGAUGUGGAAAGAGACAAAUGCUUCCUGACAAUCCAGAGAGGUUUGACUAUCAUCCCAUUGUCCUAGGCUCAGAGGGCUUUAACUCAGGGUCUCACAGCUGGGAUGUUGAGAUUAAACACGAUAAAUACUGGGCCAUAGGUGUGGUACGGGAAUCCAUUCGGGAAAAGGGUAAAAAACUGACUGGAUUCUGGGAAAUAUGUCUCCUGGAUGGAAAAUACACAGCAGCCUUACCACCACUCACAGAUAAAGUUCUGUCAGUGAAGAAGAAGCUCCAGAGGAUCAGAGUUCGUCUGGACUGUGACAGAGGAAAGCUGUCGUUCUAUGAUCUUGAUACUAACACACACAUACACACCUUUAAACACACUUUCACUGAAAGGAUGUUUCCAUACAUUGUCAACACGAAUGAACUCCCACUGAAGAUAUUACCUGUGAAAGUCUCUGUAACAGUGGAACAGGACACGGCCACUGUAUCAACAAGCCUAUGGUUUUCAACACAGGUGAAAUAUUUGUAUAUAAAUAAACAGAGUCAGUGUGUCAGGGAUAUAACAAAUGCUAUAUACUAUGAUUUUCAGGUUAGGUAAGGCUUAGCUGUGUCA